AGAAAAUAUUAUAAUUGUCAAACCUAAGAUGCAACAGGAGAGUGAAGUUACUAAAAAAUUGAUAAAAGAAAAGAUAGACAUCAAGAAUAUGCCUGUGGGAGUAACGAAGCUAAAAAAAGGAAGCAAGGGAACAGUGAUUCUGGGUUGUGAGACUGAAGAAGAAAUGGAAAAAUUAAAGGCUACAGUACAAGCCAAGCUGGGCGAAAAUUUCAAAGUAACUGAGUCACCGCGGAUGAAACCUAAGAUAAAAAUUGUCAAUAUUGGCGAAGAAGAAAUGAAGUUGAAUGAUGAUAAUUUAAUAGUUACAAUCAAAAAGCAGAACAAGAUCGACGCGAAGAAUGAAGAAAUUCAUAUGCGAAUAGUGAAGAAAAUAGUUAAAAGUCAAUCCGGAAGAAGAGGUAAAGAAGAAGGUUCUGUAAUAAUUGAAGCAGAUGAAAAAACUCAUGAAAUAAUGUUGAGCAUGGGAAAACUGAAUGUAGGAUGGAGAAAGUGUCUGGUAUUUAAUCACAUUAAUAUUAAAAGGUGUUUUAAAUGCUGGGGUUAUUAUCAUAUUGCAAAGAAUUGUACGCGAAAUGAAACAUGCCACAAAUGUGCAAAAAAUCAUAGAGCGGUUGAAUGCACGGCGACAAACAAAAGAUGUAUAAAUUGUAUGUUUAAGAUUCAAACAUACAACUUGAGAAUAAGUGAUGAGCAUGACGCCCUUGAUCCGGAAUGUCCGACAUUUAAAAGGGCGAUACAGGAGGAGAAGAGGAGAGCCGGCUGGGAGGACACUAAGUAACAACUACAGAAGGAAAAAGAUACAGCAUCAGAUAUGAAGAUAAUGAAUCAUGCAUAGCACUG